AUGAGCGACCGCUACCCCUCUUCUACUGCUGCUGGGCCUUCCUCUUCCCAUCGACGCUCGCCUUCCCCUCCCUCUCGAUCUUACGACCGCGACCGCGACUCCAGACGGGGAGGGUACGACGAGCGCGACCGACGAGGCGGCUACGACGAUCGUGACAACCGGCGAGGUGGAGGCUACGACGACCGGCGAGGUGGACGGAGUGACGACCAGCGACGAGGAGGAGGAGCAGGCGGAGGACGGAGGAGGUCGCGCUCUCGCUCGCCUAUUCGCGGUGCAGAGCGGGACAGGGACGCGGCGGCCGGUGGGGACGGCGGUUGGACCCGUCGGCAGCGAGAGGACUCUCCUCGUUCCGGAGCUGCAGGGGGGAAAGGCAAGGCUUUGCCCGACCAACGCGCGCUCGUCCCUGGCGGAUCAGGAGGGGAAAUGGAGUAUGGAAAGCGCGGAGGAGGAGGGGAGGUGGUGAAGCAGCCGGUGAAGCAGGUCGAGCCGGAUUUCAAGCCUAGCGGGGCGUUGGCCGCGGAGACUAACACCCUCAAUGGUGUCGUGCUCAAAUACGCCGAACCGCCCGAGGCGAGGAAACCCGUUCGAAACUGGCGGCUGUACGUCUUCAAGGGCAAGGAGCAAGUCGAGUUGUUCCAUGUCCAUCGACAGUCGGCGUACUUGAUUGGCCGCGACCGGGUGGUCGCCGACAUACCCGUCGACCACCCCUCGACUUCGAAGCAACACGCCGUCCUGCAAUUCCGACAAGUCGUCGAGCGGAACGAGUUUGGCGACACCAAGAGCCUGACCAAACCGUUCAUCAUCGACCUCGACUCGGCGAACGGCACGAUGGUCAAUGACGAGACGAUCCCUGCGUCGCGGUACUACGAGUUGCGGAGCGGUGACGUCCUCAAGUUUGCCUUUUCGACGAGGGAGUAUGUGCUGCUUGCUGAGGCGGCGCAGACGUAG